GUUUGUGUAAAUUUGUCCAAAUGCAUCACCCACAGCGAAUGGCUGCCUUAGGGACGGACAAAGAGCUCAACGAUUUGCUGGAUUUCAGUGCGAUGUUUUCGCCGCCUGUCAGCAGUGGGAAGAACGGACCGACCUCACUGGCAAGUGGUCAUUUCGGAACCUCAAGUCUGGAUGACCGAACAAGUUCCGGGUCCUGGGGACCUGGAGGAGAUCCCAGUACGACCAGGAACUUUGGUGAAGGACCCCAUUAUGAGCACAUGGCCAACCGGGACCUUGGAUCACACGACAAUCUCACCUCUUCCUCGUUUAUGAACUCUCGUCUCCUUGGUAAAUUGGAGAGAGGCUCAUUCUCUUAUGGGAGGGAAACAAACUUCCAGGGCUGUCAGCUCCAUUUUACCAUGAUGAGAAGAGAGGCUCGAGGGAAGUCAAGUCUCCUUGGACCUGAUAUGGGGAUGGGGAGCCCAGGAACCCUAUCACCCGCGGGCAACAAACCAGGGUCACAGUAUUAUCCAUAUUCCAGCAAUAAUCCCCGGAGACGACCAAUACACGAUUCCUCGCUUGAGGGGCCGCCGAAAAAGGUCCGGAAGGUUCCGCCCGGCUUGCCGUCUUCAGUAUAUGCCCCACCAGCAAGCACUGCCGAUUACAACAGAGACUCGCCAGGCUAUCCUUCCUCCAAACCCCCAGCCAGCACCUUUCCCAGCUCAUAUUUUAUGCAGGAUGGCCAUCACAAUUCAGACCCGUGGAGCUCCUCCGGGGCGAUGAACCAGCCGGGUUACGGAGCGAUGCUCGGGAACUCGUCUCAUGUUCCACAAUCCAGCAGUUACUGCAGUAUGCAUCCGCACGAACGCCUGAGCUACCCGCCACACUCCUCCGCAGACAUCAAUGCCAGUCUUCCGCCGAUGUCCAGCUUCCACCGCAGCGGCUCACAUCAGUAUGGAGCCUCGUCCUGCACACCGCCAGCUAAUGGCUCCGACAACAUAAUGGCAAACAGAUCAGGCAGCACCUCGGGCACUUCACAGACCGGCGACGCACUGGGCAAAGCACUCGCUUCAAUCUAUUCACCCGACCACACCAACAACAGUUUCUCUUCAAAUCCAUCCACGCCUGUUGGAUCUCCGCCAUCACUCACAGCAGGUACCCAGGUGUGGUCCAGAAAUGGUGGCCAGGGACCAUCUUCUCCCAUUUACGAAGCCCCUCUUCACUCCUUGCAAACCCGUAUUGAAGACCGCUUGGAAAGACUGGACGACGCCAUCCACGUGUUGAGGAAUCACGCAGUGGGACCUUCCACGGCGAUGCCAACCAGUCACAGCGACCUGCACAGUUUAAUAGGACCAUCGCACAACGGGCCAAUGGGAGGCUUGGGCUCGGGCUACGGGACGAGUCUGCUCUCAGCCAACAGACAUUCUCUAAUGGUGGGACCUCACCGUGAGGAGGGCGUGGGUCUGCGAGGCAGCCAUUCCAUUGUGCCAAACCAAGUGCCAGUCUCACAGCUUCCUGUCCAGUCAGCCACCUCCCCCGACAUCAACCAGGCACAGGACCCCUACAGAGCUCUCUCCAGUGGGCUGCAGGGUCAGAGUGUAUCGUCUGUUGGUUCAGAUAUAAAGUCAGAGGACGAGGCAGAUGAAAAUCAGGACUCAAAGACUUCGGACGACAAGAAGGCAGAUGACGACAAGAAGGACAACAAGUCAGUACACAGCAAUAACAACGACGAUGAGGACCUGACUCCGGAGCAGAAGGCCGAGCGUGAGCGCGAACGGAGGAUGGCCAACAACGCACGGGAGCGACUGCGCGUGAGGGACAUUAACGAGGCCUUCAAGGAGCUUGGCCGCAUGGUCCAGCUUCACCUGAAGAGCGACAAACCCCAGACUAAACUGCUGAUACUACAUCAGGCCGUGGCUGUCAUCCUCAGCCUGGAACAGCAAGUCCGAGAGAGGAACCUGAACCCUAAAGCAGCUUGUCUGAAGAGAAGAGAGGAGGAAAAAGUCAACACAGAGCCACCCCCACUGUCGCUUGCGGGGAUUCACCCCAACAUGGGAGACACGGGCAAUCACAUGGGCCAGAUGUGAAUAUGGUCCUCAAAACAAUAUACACCCACCCUGGUGCCAGGUCAACUGAAACAAGUGAGAGAUCACUUCCUUGACAAGUGUAUUAACUUACAACAAAUGUAAAAUCACACUCUUCCCGGCCACCCCACCCC